UGCAGCUUUAUCUGUGACCUCUUUAUCUGACCUCUCUUCCUCCUCCUCUCAUAGUAAUGAUUCUAUAACCCCUCUCUCUCUCUCUCUCUCUCUCUCUCUCUCUAAGGAUCCAUAAAGAAACAAAAUUUCAAAGUAAGCCUGCAUAGUGGCAUCUCUUUUUUCCUCUGUAUAUGUAAAAAUCUGUAAUCAUACAGAAGGGGUGCAGAAAGUCUUGUGUCUCAGAUCCCAAUAUAGAGGGUCUCUCUUACACCAAUAACAAGAAAACUGUUUUUCUUUUUUCUUUCUCAUUUCUCUAUUCUCUCUUUCCAUCUCUAUUCACAACCAGAGAGUAUCACAACAGUACUCCUAUUCCUCUAUAUAAGAGAGUACUCUUUUGUAGUCUCAAACUCAACCCCACUUUUCCUUUUGCUUUCUUGAAAAAUCCUUUUGUUCACACAUGAUCUCUUCUACUAUAUACCCUUUAGUUUGAUUGAUUCAUUUAUAUAUAUAUAUAUCUCAUAGUGUUCUAGUGUUUAGAAAGAAAGAAAAAAAAAAAAAUGCAAGAGCAAGGUUUCAGCAUGAUGGGUGGUGGUGGUGGGAUUGGUGGUUUAACCGAUGUUUCGAUGGCGGUUUCCGGUGAGCAGCACCGGCAGCUCAAGGGGGAGAUCGCCACCCACCCUCUCUAUGAGCAGCUUCUCGCCGCCCACGUCGCGUGUCUCCGCGUCGCAACGCCGAUUGAUCAGUUGCCUCUUAUUGAGGCGCAGGUCACACAGUCUCACCAUCUUCUUAGGUCUUAUGCCUCCCAACAGCACCACAAUAGCCACACUCUCUCUCCUCACGAGAGGCAAGAGCUUGACAAUUUCUUGGCACAGUAUUUGUUAGUUUUGUGCUCCUUCAAAGAGCAGCUUCAGCAACAUGUCAGAGUCCAUGCUGUUGAAGCUGUCAUGGCCUGCCGUGAAAUUGAACAGAAUUUACAAGCUUUGACCGGAGUGACUCUUAGUGAAGGAACAGGUGCGACUAUGUCAGAUGAUGAGGAUGAGCUGCAGAUGGAUUUCUCUUUGGAUCAAUCAGGCGGUGGGAAUGACAUGAUGGGAUUUGGUCCACUGCUUCCAACAGAAUCUGAAAGGUCUCUCAUGGAGAGAGUUCGGCAAGAAUUGAAGAUUGAGCUCAAGCAGGGAUUUAAGUCAAGAAUUGAGGAUGUCAGGGAGGAAAUUUUAAGAAAAAGAAGGGCUGGAAAAUUACCCGGUGACACAACUUCAGUACUGAAGAAUUGGUGGCAGCAACACUCAAAGUGGCCAUAUCCAACUGAAGACGACAAGGCAAAACUUGUGGAGGAGACAGGGUUGCAGCUAAAGCAAAUCAACAAUUGGUUCAUCAACCAAAGGAAGCGAAACUGGCACAGCAACUCACAAUCUGCGACUGCUCUGAAGUCCAAGCGCAAAAGGUAGAGAUCUAACGCGUUUCAAGUUUCAACUGAAGAACAGCAAUCAAGUAACAUACAUUAUGUCAUAUAGCUUUUAUAUAACCUUCAAGGCAGAGUUGUAACCAACAAUUGUGAAGACAGUGGAAAAUUGGCAGUUUAGACAAGUGACACAAGUUUCAGUUCAGAUGCACAAUGUGUAAUAUAUGGUGUUAGAAUGCAUACACUUAAAAGUUGUAAAUUUCUAUUUCCACAGAAGCAAUAACUUUCUAACGGAUCCUUUUUUUCCUCUGGCA